UCCUCCAUCUAUCGGAACAGAGGAGGGGAAAAGCAACUAACACAAUCAAAGAAGAUAAACAAUUUCUCAAUCGGCUCUGUUCCAGAACCGAAAUUCGGAGUGUGAUUGGGGAUCGGGGAGGAAACCGCCGCCGUCUCACCCCUUCUAAUCCGAUCGGGAAAGCGGGAUUCGCCGGAAACCAUGGCUUCUUCUUCUACGUCUACGGGCGUUGGCUGCGGCGGAGCCGCAACUGAAUUGAAAAAUCACCACCACGCCCGCCAUCUUCUGGCCGGGAUUCGUCCAAUCCCGAUGGUACGAUGUAGCUCGGAUGUUUCCGAUCGGAGGUUGCGGCGGCUGGGGGUGUCCACAUCGACCCCGACGGCGACGCCGAUUGCAUCCAGCGAGGGGCGAUUUUUUACGCCGAGGGUGUGUUCGGCGACGGCGUUUGCGGCGGAAGCUGCCAUGGAGGUAGAAAUUUCGUCGGAAGAGGCGGGGUUCCCGAGGGGCGGUACAUCGACGGCGGCUGAGGAGAGUAGUUUCGCUCUGUUGACGGCGGCGGCGGGAGGAGGAGGCGGUGGAGAGAGAGGGAUCGUUGCGGAGAAGCUGGACGAGUGGAUGAGGGACUCGGUGACGGAAAUCGUGAAGAAUUUAACGGCAGCGCCGCUGCUUGUCCACGUGUACUCCGACAAACAGGGGAAGAAGCUGGAGACGGAGAAGGCGGUGGAGGAGGGGGAUUGGAAGAAGCUGAUCGAGAAGUGGAAGAAGCGGGAUUCGCCACUGCCGGAAGGGGUGAUUUUCGUCGAGCAGUUACUAGACGGCGGGAGAUCCGCCGUGCUAGCGGCAGCGGAAGAGGCGGAGGAGGAAAACGACGUCGGCGAGGAGGAGGCAACGAAGGCGUGGGGGAUCGUGGUUCAGGGGAAAGGGGCGGAGUGUGGGCCGCUGUGCUACCUGCUGAAGACGAGCCGGGUCGGGUCGUCGGGUGUGGGCCUGUGCUGCACCCACUUCUGCUUGAUGCGGGUCAAGAGCUUCAGGGAGAGUGCCAAGUCGCAGCUGAAGAAUUGUUGGUUGAUGCAGGCCCAAAACGACGGCGUCUUCUGAAUUCGAAGUGUGACCAAAUUCAUCCAAUCGUAAAUGGAUUUGGAAUUAAAAAAAAAAAAUUAUUUGACUUUUUAUUAUUAUUUGAUCAUCAUUUGAUAAAGAGAUCUCCACCAUGGGUUGUGUAAAUUUUUAUAUUCCUUCACAUGGUGGUGGUCUCUGACCGUUCAUCCUGUAAAAAUCAUUUACGAAAAAAAAUCAUGGUGUUCUAUGAUUAAAUUUAUGUGUAGCUUUGGUGGUUGGUGAGAUUUUGUAAUUGGUUCGACAGUUUGGAUAUCUGAAAUGUGAUUUUUGUAUAGAUAUAUAGUGAUUACAGUUCUUAGAACAUAGACGUACUUAUGCAUAAAUCAUAAUCACACUAGUCUUCUCGAUCGAAAUUAAACUAUUUGUAAUUUU